UCUAUCCUGAAUAUUCAUUGAUUAUAGGGAAAAAUCAAUCCUUGACUAAGUUUUAUGUCUACUUGAAUAAAAUGAAUAAUCUCUUUCUCUUGGAUUAAUUCUUCUCCAUCUCUCAAUCAAAUUUAAGUCUUUCAUCAAUGAUAAAGUUAGCUUUAUUAAUUUUGAUUUUGUAAUAGCCUUAGUUGACCUAUCUAGAACUGGGUCUAAACAAAAGUUAAAAUCUCCACCUAUUAAUAUUUUAUCUUGUGCAUCGGCCAAUUUCAAAAAAACUUCUUGUAUGAAUUUUGCAUCAUUUUCAUUUGGUGCAUAAAUGUUCAUAAGAGUCCAUAAUUCUGAAAAGAUUUGACAAUGUAUAAUCACGUAUCUCUCCACAGAAUCAAUAAGUACAUUUUGUAUUUUAAUUGGUAAGGUUUUAUUAACCAAAAUUGCAACUCCCCUCGACUUUGAAUUAAAUGAAGCUGCAAUAACACUUCCAACCCAAUCUCUCUUUAGUUUCUGAUGUUCUGUCUCUGUUAAAUGUGUUUCCUGCAAAAAAGUUAUAGCUCCUUUCAUUUUCUUAAUAUAUGUUAAAACUCUUUUUCUUUUUACAGGUCCAUUAAGUCCAUUAACAUUAAAACUUAAAAAAUUGAGUAAAUUAGUCAUUCAUAAUACCUUGGGGAAUCUCUUUAAAAUCCUCCAUGUUGCUAUGUGUCUCCCCCCACACCCCAAUCAUCCAGGCAAAAAAAAGAAAAAUAGAAGGAAAAUAGAUAGUAAAGAAAAAAAUAACAAAAUACACCCCCCACUAAUGUUGUGAAUGAAUAGAAACACAACAUUACCCCCCUCUGUUUUACAGGUCAUGGCAAUCGCCAUGAUUACACACGUGAAUCCCACAGCAAUUGAUCAGAAGCUCCUCCAGCUCCCCCGUAACAAAAAAAAGAUAUAGAUAUAAGUGAAGAAGAUCCCAUAUUGUUGAAGAACAUCUUUAUCAAAAUGUCACCAGCUGGAGUACCUAGUGUUCUUAUUCUAUAUACAAAGCUAGCAAGCAUCCCGAAAGUGAAUAGUGUGUGCCUCUCUAGUGAUAUUAUUGCCACUCAUACAAGUCUUUGCCUCCUCAUUCACACCUCUCUGCCCAGCGUGUGUUUGGAGCUCUAAUUAAGUAGUGAGUUCAAAUCCAGUUUUUAUGGAGCCACAUGAAAUCCUUCAGAGGAUGUUGAGAGAAGUAGAAGAGGAGAUAGCUGUGGUCCUGAUAAACAUAUUUGCAGGUGAGUAUCGGAAGAUUCGAGGGUAGAUAAUGUUGUACUUUUAUUUAAGAAGGUCAGCCAGGAUACACCAGUUAACUACAAGCUGGAGAGUUUUUUGUUAGAGGGAGGGAAAUCAUUAGAGAAAAUUCUCAGGGACAGAAUUUAUGGGCAUUCAUUGAUUAGGGAUAGUCAGCAAGGCAGUAUGUGGUGGAAAUCCAGCUUCAUAAUUCGCUUGAGCUUUUUGAGUAGGUAAUUCUGCAGAUUAAUGAAGGUAGUGCAGUAGCCAUUGUCUAUAUAAAAUUUUGUAAGGCAUUUGACAAGGUCCCACAUGAUAGGCUAGUCCAGAGGUUGGCACUAGUUCAAAAUAGAUUUCUUAUCAAAGUAUCUUCUCCUUUUUCAACCUUGAGGUCUGUCUCCUUACAGGCAGCCACAAAACAAAGGAAUCCAAUAAUAACAAAAGAAGACUGUCAAACACCCAGUGUGCAGAGAGAGAGAGAGAGAGAGAGAGAGAGAGAGAAUAAACAAAUCGUGCAAACAAUAAAAGCAAGCAAACGGCAUUCAGAACUGAAGCUGACAACACCAGGUAUCCCUGCAGCUGAACCAGAAGGCCGUUAGUUCAGGCCACAGCCUCAGCCCAGCACAGAUUUUAUAGGAAGUGGUUUGCACUUUCUAUAAAAUCUAAGAUCUCAUUCUCCUUAUGUUUCUGAAUGCACAGAAAAUUUAAAUUCAAUCCUUUUCUCAGCCAUUUUCCACUUAUUAUCCUCUAAAUCCUUUAGCUUAGGAGAAACAUUUGUUACACUGUUCAUUCUCUUUGAUGCUGCACAUUGAGUUCAUAUCUUCUCGUUAUCAGUUUGAACUGAUGGAGGCAAAAUAAGGUUGGAACCUCAAGACAUCAACAUGGGGUAAACUUAACAUGACAGCUUUUACUUUAGAACUAUUUUUAUUACCUUUCAAUCAUUUCAAAAGGCUUUGAUAAACAUUUUGGCCCUGUGUAAAAUUCUGUGAAAAGAUAAAUUUUUUACAAUGGUUUAUUUUCAAUGUUUUUGUACUCAGUGUCUGUCCGAAAGCUUUUGAAACUUCCAUUAACAGGAAUUGUUGAGAUUGACCCAAAUACUUAUCGAGAAUAUCAUUUAUUUUUUGAGAGUAAUACAAGAAAUAGGAAGCUGAAGGUGAACACACGGAGGUAGCUCAGGAGUUGUUGCAGAAUGUGUGUCUCUUGAUGCAAGGAAUGCCAUGGGCUCCACUCCAUUCUUCUGUGCAGUGGAGGAUCAGCAUCGUAAAAUAUGCCAGCUUUUAAUUGAAUGGGGUUGUGAUGUACAUGCAAAGAAUCUGAAAAAUAAUACAGCAUUUGAUGGCAUUCAAAGUGAAGAAUUCAGGAACUUCUUACUGAGUUACCAUGCAGACUGGUCAUCAGCAAUCCCUCUUAUUUCCCAAGGGGACACAAAUGUCCUUCACAACAUCGUACGCAGUCUCGUAAACAGAAAGAACUUCAUGAGCAGUCCAACAAGCAGAUGUAUUAAUGGCAGCACCUUGUUACACACAGCCACUUAUUUUGGGAGAACAGACAUUGUGAAAAUACUUCUGCAUUUAAAGAUUGAUGUGAACCUGCAGGAUUACAAGGGAGCAACGGCAUUACAUCGAGCUCGAGAUACAGACACCAUCCAGCUGCUAACGGACCAUGGUGCUGAUGUUAACUGGUCGGAUGGGGAUGGCAAUAUGCCUUUACAUAUGAUGAGCUAUGGUGAACUGACAAAGCCAGCAAGAUUGGACUGCUUGAAACUUCUGCUGUCUCAAAAACCUACAAUAGGAAGUUUGAACAAGAAGGAUCUGCUGCCAAUCCAUUGUGCUGCGAUGCAAGGUAGAAUAGACAUUAUUCAGCUUCUUCUGCAGUUUGAUACAGAAGAACAAAUUAUAUCAAAGCUAAUGGCAGCAAAAUCUCCAAGUAUCCUAUAUCUGUCCGUGGCCAAUAAUCAUGUUGAAUGUGCUCAAUGGCUGACAGAAAAAGGAUUCGGUUUUAAACCUGACGAGCAGGAAGAACUGCUGUUUGGAUUACUACAGGAUGAAAUGGGAGUGCAAAGAAAAGUUCAGUGUCUGGAAUUUCUCAUAAGGAAUGGAGUUGAUAUUAAUGCAGUGGACAAGCAAGGAGAUAGUGCUUUGCACCUUGCUGCCUGUAAAGAUAAUUGCAAUGAUCUACUGAUGUUACUACCAGCAAACAAUGCUGAGGUCAAUACACUGAAUCGUGACCACUCCACUCCUCUGUUUCAUGCAGUUCAAGCAUCGAACUACUAUGGCACAAGUCUUCUGAUACAACAUGGUGUAAAUACAAAGAAAGCAAAUAAUCAAGGAUUUAGAGCAUUUGAUUUAAUACAAGAUUACCAGGAAUGGAUUGAGAGUGGAUUCUUCACAAAUGAGAUCACUUCUUUGUUAAAGGCCUAUGAACUUGAUCGGUCCUGUAGUCUUGUUCGAAACAUCAACAUGAAACUGAAGAUGGUGGAAGCAAGUCAGAAGCUACCUGUUUUCAACAGCCAGCUGAAACAAUCUUUCUUUUGGUUCAAAACCUGAUCAUCACUUUUCACAAUAAUGUUUAAACCAUGAGAAGUUCCCAUAUACCUGCAAACGAUGCAAGUAAAUGUUCAUGGAUUUUAGGCAAAGUGUUUCAUUGAUAUUCAAUAAGGUGAAAAAUAUGCCCUUCACAGAAUGUUGUCAAUUUAAUUUUUAUUCAAGUAGAAUAAUGUUAUGCCUUAUUUCUUUGUACAGUAAACUACAAGAAAAUCAUUAUACAGUGAUGUACUUUGUUUUAUUUUGGUCAUUGCA